GGAGGGGCAAGCCUCAAGACCCGUUUCCUUCAGAGCCCCUGGUUGGCCUCGAAAGCCCGCCCGCCGUGGGGGGCCGCCGCCGCCAUGGGGUGCUCGCCGCCCCCGCGCCGCGGGGCGCGGCAGCGCCGCCGCCACAUGGCGUGGCUCGCCGCGGCGCCUGCUGCUGCGGCCCUCUUCGUGCCCAGGAUGCCAGCCCGCCCGCAGCUUUUCGCGGCCGCCACGCCAGGGCGGCUCUUCGCCGCCCCCGCGGCGCCGGCGGCGCAGCCUCGCCUCUGCGCGGCCUCGGCGGCGCGGCGCGGGCCUGGCCGAGGGGAGCGGCUGCGCGGGGCGCCGUCCCGCGGGGCAGCUCGUCCGACGAGGCCUCCACGUGGAGGAGCGCCUGCGGGCUGGAGCUCGAGCGCGCCGCGCUGCUCCGCGAGCAGCUCGGCGAGCUGCAGGGCGCGGCGCCCCCGCCCUCUCCUCGGGCGGCGCGCCAGAGCGCUCUGGCGAGCAGGACUGGGCCGGCCACUACGAGGCCCUGCGCACCGAGAGCGCUGCGCUGGAGGCGCAGGUCCGAGACCUGCAGGCGGAGGCCUGCCUCGUUGGGCGCGCGGCGGAAGCCGCCGCGGCGCCCCCGCGGCGCUUCCGAGUCACGAUGCCGCAGACCGGGGUCGAGGAGACCGUGGAGCUGACCCCAUUCUUCGGCGCUGGCAUCGCAGCCAGUUCUACUCGCUGCAGCUGCGCCUGCCGCUGGGCCUGCGGCUCACGAAGUGCCAGGACCCGGGGCCGCGGUGCGGUGCCUUUGUGGUCGAGGAGGUGCUGCCGGGCGGCACGGGGGAGGCGUCGGGCGCGGUCCUGCAGGGUGACAUUCUGCAGUCCCUGAGCGUCGUGGCCGACAACAUGGACAUCGGAGGAGGACGAGGUAUUGAUACCGCUGCGUGUUUCUCGUCGUUUCGGCUGGAUUCGCCUCGACAUCUCAGUCAGAGCGCACCUUGGGAGAGGUCCGUAGAGUAGCGGUAUCGAUGUCUUCCUGUUUUGCGAGGACAUGGGCAUGAAGACCGAGGAUUUCGUCUCGAGCGUCGUCGGAGGUUUCGGCCGUUACAGGCAGUCCAUGUGCGAUGCCACGUUCAUCGACACGACGGACGAUCUGGUUGAGUCUGUGAAAAGCAACACGGUCUUCGGCGGAGACGUUACACUCACCCUUGUUUUCGAGAGGGACACAGCGUUGUCGCCUGCAGCGCCAGACCCUCUAACCCCACUGCCCGAUUAAAUCGUCGGCCCGUGGCUCAUGUUCCAGAUCAUCUGGUUUAUGGGAGCGCUCUGCCAGUUCGCUACAUACAUCUGGCCGCAAGUGAAUUUGUGAUUGACUCGAACAUGUUUUUAACAGUGUGGGACAGCUCAAGACUGUCGCACGACAUUUCUGUGCUAGUACUGCUGGUGCUGUUGGUAGGCAUUUCUGCGACGAAGCACGUGGCCACGUCCAUAACACAAGAAGGCAGCGCGCGAAAAGAAGAGCGUGGCGAGUCAAGCUGGAAUGAGGGAGG